AUGUCGGACGAUGAUGAUAGUUAUGAUAGUAACAUUGACGAAAAUGUCGACGAAGAAAUACUUUACGACGAACAUGAAGAUAAUUUUAUGCAAAUAGACAAUUCCGAUAAUUGCUUGAGAAAAACUGAACUUGAUAAA